UAUACUGCAUUUUUAUUAAUUAGAAUAAUUGCUUUUUAAUACUCUUCUAAACGUGACAAACAUAUUUGUUUCGUCGUUUCUGCGUUUGUUUUUCUCGUUGUAUCAUGAAAUCAGAGCGGAUAAGCAGUUCCAUCGAAUCCUCAUCAUUCGAAGUCAAUGCAUCAUCCGACAGUCCGAAAUCCUACAAUGACAGCGGUUCGCGAAAAGCGGUGACGCGUGGUGUCGCCGGCGACUCUAUUUCCGCAGGGACGUCGAAAAAAGUAGACAGGUACGCCUGGCAAUCCGUAGGAGCCCGACCGAACUCACAGCUGUCGAUCGACGAAGGCGACGGCGACGGCGUCAAAACCGACGAACGGACGGAAAUGGAAGACAAAAUGUUUCUGAUCAACAGGCUGUUGAGGUGCAAACACCCGAAAACGAAGUGGUACGGAGACGACGAUGACCAUCGGCCGCGGUCGACCGAUCGUCCGACGGUCGAGAACGAUUCGGGGUUCGAUCGUUACGAAGCCGUGGACUCGCGGCAAAGUCUCUGCGACGACGGCGAGAGCGACACCGACGGUGACGACGGUUCGUCGACGUCGUCUUGGCUGUUGGGCACCGACGAGGUCAUCACCAAACAGCGUAGUCGUCGGUCUCCGGAAAAACUAGCCCCGGCGGCUACGACAGCCGCCAAAGGCCGCCGUCAGAAGAAAAACCCGGCACUCGGAUGCAAUAAAACGUUGACGCGGCGGCGGCGGCCGCCCUCAGCCGAGAAAAGACACCGGGAAGAGAGACUGCUGUCGUCGUUGCUGCCACAGUCGCCGCAGCCGUUCGAGGUCAUCGUCGAUUCUGGUAAGUAUUUCGCAAAUGCCUCCGCGGCUCCCAGUCGGCGUCAGAGGGAACGGCAGAUCAAAGACGCGUACGCGGCGUCGGAACAAAACACCCGGACGCCGGCGGCGGCGAGGGCCCGGCGGACCACCGACCGCAGUCACGAGGCGUCGUCUUGCAUUAAUCGCAAAAUGGGUAACAGAGAAAUCACGCGCACAAACAAAAUAAUCGCCGACAAGAUAUUGAAUGUCCGGACGACCAUUCCGAAAGCCAAAAAAUAAUCGAUUAGCGCACCUGCGAACGAACAUCGUCACCGCCGCCGUCAUCAUCGUCAUCGUCGUCAUCAG